CCUGCCUACACCCUACAUACCCAAUACGAUAUGAAGAAAUCCAAAGCCCCGGUUGUGCUUCAGAUCAACCGUGCAUCCCGAGCAGAAGCGUUGAGAUUCUUCACCAAAUGCACGCUGGUCAACCACCAAGCCGGUCGAGUUCUCUACGUCAACUUCGACAUUGACCGGUUCGUGCAUCCCGGACCCAGCCAAAUAUAUUGGGGAGGAGUUCGUCUGGGACUGUACAAUAUGGAUGCGACCGACAUGGCCAAGAUCAAAUUGUUGGACAUGGAAUUUCAAUAUCACAAUGCUCCGGAAAGGUUCAAGUUUAGCUCUAAUAUGCUAUUCUUAGACGUGUUGA